CUACCAUAAUUUACUAAACAUCAUAGACAAGCAUUUUAUUUCCUGUUGUUAGAAACGUUUGAUAUUUUAGCUAUAGUUUGUCGCCUAAUAUUUUGAAAAGGAUUUUGUUUGUUUGUUUAUUUAUAAUCUAGAUAUUAGGGUCCGGUCUCAACCAAGGCUGUUAUUCUAGCAUUCAAACGAGAAUAAAUUUAAGUAAUUCAUCACCUAAAUAAGUGGAAGGUUUAGGUUUUAAAAUUUAUUUUAAAAAUAUAUUUUUCACCUUUUUGCAGAUUUAUACCAUGGCUGAGGCAGUAAAUAAUAUUUCAACUACACCCGAAGCACUGCAGGACUUACUCCAUGACAACGCGUGGCUGAUAACUCUGCGAUUCGUGGUCAUGGGUGUUGGAAUCGUUCUCAACAGUGUUGUCACUGGAGUGUUCAUGUACACACGAAUGUAUAGAAAGUCAUUGCUACACGGAUUAAUUGUCCAGCAAUUGUUCGUAGAUUUCUUUGGUUGCUGUCUGUUCCUUAUAUUCUAUAAUCAAGACGCACCGAGUGGAAACUGGGGAAAAGCUUUUUGCAAGUGCCGUAGUAUUUUCUGGUUUGUUGUAAUAACGUCCACGUACAAUCUUCUGAUGAUAACCUUCGAACGAUUUAUUGCGGUUGUGCAUCCGAUCACUUAUAGAAAAAGAAACAUUGUAAAAAGAUCUCGACUGUUUUACACAUUGCCAUACAUUACUUCUUUCUUGAUUACAUUUCAUUUCGCGAUUAUCACCGAUAUCAACGAGGAUCUAAUCGGAGAGUGUGUUUCGAAUUCAGUACAAUUGUUGCACACGAGAUUACGGUUCUCAUCCAAACAUGCAAUAUGUGUAUCAACCCGAUCAUUUACGGAGCAAAGAUGAAUGAAUUCCGCAGUGAUGUACUAAAAACUUGGCGUAGAACAUUUAUGUUUCUGACGGGUGGUGAUGUUGGCGACUAAUCAAAAUCCAUAGAAAACUAUCCAUCCCUGAGUGGUAAUGAAAUGAUAAAUUAAAAACAUUAUACCAAUAGCAAUGAUAACUGUGGAUAUGUUACUGUUACGUUAUGCAUACACUUAAAAAUAAUAUGUAAAUAAUAUAAAAAUAUAUAUCGAGAAUAGCAUCAACGAAAAUAUCCUUUAUCAAUUGCUUAAAAUGUAAUCCUGACGGGGAUUGAACCUACGAUUUCUCACUGUAUAUAUAUAUGUAUAUUAUAUGUGUAUAUAUAUAUGUAUAUAUUAUAUAUAUAUACAUAUAUAGACAAGGUAGACUAAAAAGAAGUAACAUUCUUCAGAAGGUGCCUACAUAAGGUGUCCAUUAGCCGACAACACCUAUGUUUUAAAAGAUCCCUUUGACGCUGCUCAUCCCACCAAGGAGAUACCCUCUCACCUUUUUCAUGUCGGUUGUCGUUUUGUAUCAUUUGAUGUAGAAUAAUCUUUUACUAAUGCUCCGUUAAUUAAAGUAAUUAAUAUUCUACUUGACAGGGUAUACAAUCAAAAGUUGGUAACCACCAUCCUUAAGAAAACUACCGGUACUCUACGUAAACUACCGGUACUUAAAAAUACCUGCACUAAAGCGAUAUUUUCUUGUAAUAAUGAGUAUAAGCAAUUUGUGAUGGAGUAUCAAUGGGUAACGUUUCCGUAAAUCAACCAUCCCUUAUAUAAUUAACUUGUUCAACUCAAAUGUAAUUAAUGAUGCAAAAUUGCAAACUAAGUAAGGUUUCAACUUAAUUGAUGUUGGGGUUUUUUUACUGAUCGUUUUAAUUGUUAUUAAUCAUUUUAGCGUUUCUGUUUCUCUUUGUAU